CGGGGAUGCAGGACAGGCUCGGCUGCCGGGGGUGGGCGGUUCGCGCUCCCCUGCCUGGGCCCGGGCCGUGCCCACGCCGCUGCUCCGCCCCCGGGGAGGGGGUAGGCACAGCCCAUCGAGGCGGCGUCAGCCCCGCAUCUCCCCCCGCUUCUGCCCACUGACGGUGCAGGGCUGGUCGGCAGCGGCUGCUCAGGGGAAGAAGCAUGAGCAAGAUGAACUGCAUCCUGUUAACUGCCUGCCUGGCUCUAGUUGCUUUCUGUAGUUCUGGUGCUGCCCUAAGGUGCUACCACUGCGAGAACAGCCCUGCCUUGUGCAAGACCAACAGCACUUGCUUACCGAAUGAAGAUACUUGCUUGCAGAUGAAAUUUGGUAAAUUGAGAACUUCCUCCUGCUGGAAGACAUCCCAGUGCAGCAUGAAUGAUAUUGCUGAGUUCUUCCAAUUGGAUAAUUUUGAGUUCUUUUGCUGCCAGCACGACUUGUGCAAUGAAGGUGCAAUGACUGGGGUUGACAAAGCAGCCUUCAGUAUUGCCUCAGUGGUGACUAUGCUGUGGAUGCUUCUGUAGCGAGCCUGGUCUGUGUGCCCUGCCAUCCAGCUGACAUGAUCUCAAACCCAUUUGCUCCUCUCUGCGCUGCUCCUCUCACACUGUCCCUUCCUAGCCAUGGGCAGAAACAUUGUCUUUCAUUUUGAAUUCUGUUUCCAUGGAAAGGUAAUUAUUUGUGGUGGGGAUUUCUGACUGCUCCCUUGUCAUACCACGAAGAGUGGGUUUGAGAAGUGUUGGAUCAUGCCAUAAGCCCGACGCAGUGCUUCAUGCUGAGCGCAGAAACGUUUAUUUCCAAGUGUUCCCAUCACUGGGAGGGUUUCUUUCCUUGUUACAAGCCAAGGGCGUGACCUUGUCAGCACUGUUAUUCUGGGAGAAAGCAGCUACACUUAAGCCCAAACUGAAAUACUGCUUUGAGUAAGGAGCCCUUUUCCUGUUGUUUUGGUGUGUCUGUGAGCAUGCAGACGACACUGCUGGCCCUUUCCCCGCCUUGGCCCGUGCCUCGGGCUGUCGGGAAGCAUGCGCUUUGCACCGAGUAUUUAGUGGCGAGCUGGGAGCUGUUUAUGAACGCUGAGGAGCUGCACUGGCACUUCCAGUUUGUUUUUCCUCAUGGUAGCUGUUGGGUUGUGUUGAAAACUGUGAGAUGUAAACUUAACCCCUCAAGCUUUCCCCCAAGAGUGUUAAACCAAACCUUGCAGGUCUUUACAUUUUUACUUUUGUGCAAUGUGUAAAUGCCAGUACAAAACAUUUGUGUAUCUAUACUGCAUGGAUACCGAACUGCUCAGUCUGCAGGCGUGAGAGCUGAACUGUUCUGUACGCUGCUCGCCCUUAGCCGUGGGGACAGAACUUUGAUACUCCUCCAGUACUUAAGGACCCUCUCAGUCAGGACAAUGUCAAAUCCUCACUCUUGGCACGUCCUUGCCAGAGUCACAGUUCAUUGCCAAAGGUAUACUCUCUGAGCUCGUGCUCUGCAGGGUGCCAGUGACGCCAGCUCACCCAGUCGUAUCAGGGGUGCUACUCCAUGCAGGGUUAUCUUUUAGUUAAGCUUAGCUUAGCUACGAAAGCAUCCUGGGAACUCUCUGGUCUUUCAAAAUAUGGAAGUCAUCCUGUCUUUGAUUAAUAAAAAAGCCAAAAAAGGAAA